GUGAGUUUAAAGGGUCUAUAAAUUGUGUUAGCUCGUGUGCUAAUUAUAUUAAGAUUUAUUUUUAGCGCAUAACGUUAAUAUUGGACGGGAUCUGUCUUGCGAAACGUCCUGGACUUUGUUCUGAACAGUUUCCAAUUGUGUAUGAUAUAUCGGCGGCUCGUUCGGUUGAUGGGACCCUGUUGCUUGCUUUGCGUGCCACGUCGUAGUGCUGUCAACACACCUGCGUUUGUUAUGCUGCCAGUUCACCUGCUACCGGUAGUUAGCGAGAAGAUAACAUUUCCGUUAACGCACACGUUGUGAUACGAGUAUACCCAUUCAUCUUCUUAUCGCGUCUGACUCAUAGACCGUGGUCUGACUGCACAGAGGUCUGCCUAACUACGGGACGUCGGUUGGGGCAUAGUUUUGGCGUAAAGAAAUGGAGUCGUUAAACGGUACAGAGGAUGCAGUUCCUGGUGUAGACAAGCCACCGGCACUCGAGGAGAACGGUCGCGGUGCCAAGACGUGCGAGCCUCUUUCUGCCGCUAUGCGCGCCAAGAUCGAGCGCAACAGACAGCGCGCGCUGAUGCUGAGACAAGCCAGGCUCGCCAACAGACCGUACUCCGUGCCAGAAGGAGGAACCUGUGCCAAGGUUGCUAAAACGAUAGACUCGGGCGCUGGGUUUUUCAUCGAGGAAGAGGAGGAAGAGGCGCAGGCGGUAAAGAAAGUGGUCCACAAGCCAGCCCCAGUGAUGGAGCCAGACUACCUGAUUUGUGACGACUGCAACAAGCCUUUCAUGGACUCCUACCUCAGCAACAGCUUUGACCUCUCUGUGUGCGACAAUUGCAGGGACAACGAGGCGAAGCACAAGCUGAUAUCGCGGACGGAGGCCAAGAGGGAGUACCUGCUGAAAGACUGCGACCUGGACCAGAGGGAGCCCAUGCUCAGGUUCGUCCUGAGGAAGAACCCCCACAACCCGCGCUGGGGGGACAUGAAGCUCUACCUGAAGCUGCAGGUGGAGAAGCGCUCCCUGGAGGUGUGGGGGAGUCCGGAGGCGCUGGAGGAGGCCAAGGAGUCCAGGGAGGAGAACCGGGAGGUGCAGAAACAGAAGCGCUUCAACAAGAAGGUGAAAGAGCUGCGCCGAGCCGUCAGGAGCAGCGUCUGGCAGAAGGACACCAGCGUCCACCAGCACGACUACGGCCCCGAGGAGCUGCUGGACGAGGAGGAGGACACCUACCGCAAGGUGUGCUCCACCUGCGGGCACCAGCUCACCUACGAGAAGAUGUAGCUCCACCUGCAGACACCAGCUCACCUACGAGAAGAUGUAGCUCCACCUGGGGUCACCAACUCACCUGUGAGAAGAUGUAGCUCCACCUGGGGCCACCUGCUGACCUGCAAGAUCUAGCUCCUCCAGCUCACCUGCGAGAUGUAGCUCCACCUGCUCACCUGUGAGAAGAUGUAGCUCCACCAGGUCAGCUGCGAGAAGAUGUAGCUCCACUUGUUCACCUGUGAGAAGAUGUAGCUCCACCAGCUCACAUGCGUGAAAGUGUAGCUCCACCUGCUCACCUGUGAGAAGAUGUAGCUCCACCAGGUCACCUGUGAGAAGAUGUAGCUCCACCAGGUCACCUGUGCGAGGUGUAGCUCCACCAGGUCAUCUGUGAGAAGGUGUAGCUGCACCUGCUCACCUGUGAGAAGAUGCAGCUCCACCUGCUCACCUGUGAGGUGUAGCCCCGCUGGGUUCACACGGGGUUCUGAAGCGAGGUCCUGCCUUCUUUCUCUUCGCUGUCGAACACGCCAACUCCACGCAAAUGACGUGUGGAACGUGGAGAUCCACGUGUUCCGCAGAGCAAUUCCUCCCUCCUCUGUCGCUGUCAGGCUUUCGGGUUUCGGGGUUUGGGGUUCAGGGUUUGGGGGCCGUUUAUGGAAAUGCUGUGAACUGAACUGAAAAGCUGACGGAGCAGUUCCAUCCCAGCAUUCCACUGGAGUCCACAGCCUCUCGCCGCUGGAGUGGCUGCUGGUUUAGUGUAAACUCUGAGGACCGUCUUUAUUGUGUUUACAAAGGGUCACUGUCGUUUUUACUUGUGGCUUAAGUUAGCCACAGUAAGGCGAUGUGCUCCAGUUCUGCGUAGCCGUGUGCAGGCGCGUGCUACAUAUGACUAAUGGAACAAUGUUACCCCUCAGGUUGGACGCUAUGGAAACGGUGGCUCGUUUUUCCAGGGAUUUUCAAACCAAUGAAAUGAACUCAGGUGUUAGCGUGUUGCCCUGAAGGCCUUUGGCUUGAUGGAAAUGAGCGAGUCGUUUGUAUAAAAACCCAGCGCCACUUCCUGAAGGCUGAAACAGGACGAGCUGAAGUAUUUGUGCAGCACUUUUGUACAUCAAAUAAAACAAAAUAACGCAGUC